CCCACCAUUUCAAUUUAUCAAAAAAUAUCAUUAACAACAAAAGUAACGACAUUGAAAAUCAAAAAUCUUUGAUUCAAACUUUUUUGACUUUGUUUUUCAUCAAUUGAGAAUAACAAGUUAGCAUUCCAAUAAAUCUUUCUUCAAUGGAGGUUGAGAAAGACAAACACCUUCCUGAAAAGUCCGGUAGCUCUGCCUCUAGAGACGUCGAGCAAGACAACCACGACCAACAAGACCCUGACCCCAAUCCCAAACUUAAUCCUGACAAAGACCACCACCACCAAAACAACGCCACUGACAAUUCUGAACUACCCACAGAAACAAAACCAAAACAAGAGAGUACCGAAGAGGCGGAGAACAAAGAAGAGGAGACCAUAACAGAGAAUAUUGAAGAAUCUCCUCCUUCACCUCCUCCUCCCGACUUGGGCAAAGUCUCCGAAGAGAUUGAUCAAUUCAUCCAUGCUUUCUCUAGCAUAAAUGAUCAGGAAUCUGACCUGCCGGAAGUUCCUGACGUUGUGGAACAAUUUGCAUUUCUUUCUGAGGAAAAAGUUGCAAAUUAUGAUUCAAUCGAAAGCCCGGUGAAAUGGAAUCAGCUUUCAGAGGAGGACUCUUUGUCAUUUUUGGAAGUCGUGGAUCGUUUGUCGAAGCUGACGGCGUCGCUCACUGUGUUCUCAUCAGAAUCAAAGUACGCUUCGUCAAUCAAUCGCAUGGGUGGUGUUUUGCAACGAGCAAUGUCAUACUUGGAAGAUGAGUUCAGGAAGCUUCUCGAAGAUCCAAAGUUUCCUGAUUUUGAUCAUGGUAAUGACUCGAAAUCAUCGAACUCCAAUCAAGAAGUUGAUCAACCAACAUCGGAUGCGCAGGCGUCUAAUUCCACGGUAGAUAACAAUUUUCCAGGAUACUCUGAGGAUGUUGUAUCGGAUCUAAACAGAUUAGUGAAGGUGAUGAUGACGGGAGGUUUCGAGACAGAAUGUUAUCAAGUUUACCUUGUAUCGAGAAGGCAUUUAUUGGAAGAGACAUUGCACAGGCUAGGGUUUGAGAAGUUUAGCAUCGACGAUGUUCAGAAGAUGCAAUGGGAACCACUAGAGAGAGAGAUCGAUUCAUGGAACAAAACUUUUAAGCAAUGUGUCACAGUGCACUUGACAGGUGAACGCAAGCUCUCGGAGGCAGUGUUCUUUGACUACCCGUCCAUCACCGACGGCCUCUUCAGCAGCCUCUCGCGUGGAAUUAUGAUUCAGCUUCUCAACUUUGCCGAGGCAGUCGCAAUGACGAAGCGUUCAUCAGAGAAGCUGUUCAAGUUUCUCGACAUAUACGAGACCUUGCGCGACGUGAUUCCAAGCAUGGACGAUUUGUUCCCUAAAGAAAUGGUGAAUGAGCUUAAGACUGAAGCCUCAUUGACUCGUACCCGACUCGGGGAGGCCAUGGUUUGCAUUUUCUGCGAACUGGAGAACGCGAUCAAGGCUGACACAGGGAAGACUACGGUUCCCGGCGGUGCGGUUCACCCCUUGACUCGCUACACCAUGAAUUAUCUGAAAUACGCAUCCGAGUACAAAGACACCCUAGAACAAAUCUUCAAGGAGCACCAAAAUAUGGAGCGAGCCGACUCGACUACCGGAUCCGACAAUGAUUACAGUAACAAUAACGCACAGGCGGGUGGCAACAAUCAGAACGCAGUAAAGCUUUCGCUGUUUGCAAUGCAGAUAAAUAAAGUGAUGGAAUUACUGGAUACAAAUCUGGAGACAAAAUCAAAGCUAUACAAGGACAUUGCAUUGAGCUCAAUUUUCAUGAUGAACAACGGGAGAUACAUUUUGCAGAAGAUCAAGGGAUCUCCAGAAAUAAACACCUUGAUGGGCAGCACAUGGUCUAGGAAGAGAUCGUCAGAUCUGAGAAAUUAUCACAAGACAUACCAACGUGAAACAUGGGGGAGACUUUUGAAUUGCUUGACCCAUGAGGGAUUGAAUGUGAAUGGGAAGGUGGUGAAACCAGUGUUGAAAGAGAGGUUCAAGAGCUUCAACGCCAUGUUUGAUGAGAUACACAAGAUGCAGAGCAUGUGGGUGGUUAGCGACGAGCAACUUCAAUCGGAGCUUAGGGUUUCGAUAUCAGCGGUCGUCAUACCGGCAUACCGGUCAUUCUUGGCAAGGUUCAGUCAAACUUUCACUCCGGGGAGACAAACGGAGAAAUAUGUAAAAUACCAGCCUGAGGAUAUAGAGACGCAUAUUGAUGAGCUGUUUGAUGGAAAUGCAACUCCCACAGGGAAGAGGAGACCAUAAUAGGCGAGGGAGGAUUCAACCAAAUGCUGCUACAAAGAACUUGUAUAAACAACUUGCAUUUUUGGUCAUGGAAGAAACAAUUGUUAGAGAUUUGAGACUUGCAACAAUGCAUUUGUAUUCAUUUU